AUGUCCAAACGCCCAAGACACAUUGCUUGCCGCACUUGCCGGGAACGCAAGAUUCGCUGUGAUGGACAGCAGCCAUGCUCGAGAUGCGCCGGACAGUCGCAGUCGUGUGUCUAUACAACUCCGUCGAGCUCAGAUGCCGGAACUUCCGACCUCACACAGCAGCUUCAGAUGAUGAACGACCGUCUCAGAAGAGCAGAAGCCCAGCUGGCAAACCAAGCAUGCUGGGCCAUUACUGAAGACCCCCUUGCUACCCCAGGCACUUACCCUUAUACCAGUUGGCCUACCAAUACCAUCCAGAGCCCCAUUCCCCUCAGCCCAUCUUCUUACAUGGCACUGCCAAUUGACAUGGAAUCCCCGCAGCCCGAAUGGGCUUUGGAUACCUUUGCUGGGCUUCCUCCCGUCACACAGCCUUCAUCUGGCUCAUCUACAUCCUCGUCUUUUUCCAUUCCUCACUCAAAUUACGAAGAUCGUAUACUUUCACCGCAAAACAUGCUAAAACUCCAAGAAGCAUUCUUUCAAUCACACAGUCACCUCUUCCCAAUGCUGGAUCAAUGGCGGCACCUAGCUAAUCCUAUGGUGAUUCAGUCAGAGCCGUGGAAGAGCAGUAUCUACUAUGCCAUUUGCACCCAUGGGGCUUUGGUGUCGGGCAAUCCUUCCCUCGAGGAAGCUUGCUACCACCGCGCACGAAGAGAACUUGAGCUAUCAGACAUGGGCGGGCCUGGAAGCCAGUUCUUCAAGAUCGAAACUCUACAGGCCUCGCUGCUAAUAGCCCUGUACGAGUUCAGACGGUCAUACCUACCACGGGCGUGGAUCUCACAUGCCAGAUGUACCCGGCUGGUCCAGCUGCUGGGCUUGCAAAAGCUUGAUCGAGUCUGUGCGCCGGAAGAAGACGAGGUAGAGCUGGAAGAGAAGAGACUCACAUUCUGGGCUACCUAUGUCUUUGACUGCCUGAUCAAUAUAUCCUUUGGAGGCUCCCUGGCCUUUUCGGAGCGUGAGAUCUCUACUCGUCUUCCAAGAUAUAUUCACCAAAGCUCAGACAUACUUCCCCCCCAACAAACUUUCACCCUAAGCCAUCUCUUACAGUCCCCUGAUCUAUCCCCCAUGACCCCAUAUAUGGCUACCAUCAUCAUUGUUACGACAUGGGCUAAGACCCUUAAACAUGCUCGGGAUGCAGACAGCUUUGAACUAGAUGACCAGAAUCGACACCAGUUCUGGUCCAGCCACCAGGCGCUUGACGCUACUAUAAACAGGGUAGAAGCCUGUCUUGGUGACCUCACUCAGUUCACUCUGCUUGCAGAUCCCACUGUUUCUUUCUUAAACGCCGCUAGACAUGCUGCCGCAAUUUCACUUUAUCAGACAGCCAUCACCGCAGCCGUACCAGCCCGGCUGCCAGUAGCCCUGAUUGAAUCCUGGCAACUGAGGUGCCAGAACUCAGCGAUGGAAAUCAUAACACUUUCAGGGGUAAUGCUUGAAGGAAAUUUACUCCAUAACAUCAAGCAUUUUAACCCCUUUAUCUUUUUAUCUAUAUAUACUGCUUGUGCAUACCUGGCUCGAGUCAUCCGAACAGGCAGCCCGGACUCCAGAAUCCUAGACCCUAUUGAAUCUAUCCUCAGAUCUUUUAAUCGAACUGAGAUAAAGACCGCUAAUCCGACUCUCGAUGUUUUUCUACCACGCAUCUUCAAAGACAUUGAAAAUACCCGGACGUUUCCCGAGCCAAUGAUAGACCCGUCUCUCUGGCUAUUGAACCCAGGGGAAUGAAAAAAAUAACUCAACGUCUAUUGAUAUUUAUAUUUAAUGUUAAAUGUUUUACGACUUACUUUAUGCAUAACGAUACUUGCACACAGAACGGCUUCACCCUACCCUUUUUCUCUUAGUAUCAUGACGAUUUCUCUAUUUCUGCCCUUGCCAUCCUGCCCGGUUUCUCACCGUCGUUCCUUUUUUAAUUACUCCCUUCCCACUCCUUACUCCUCUGUUUUAUUUUAUUUGAAGCUUGUAAUGUGAUAGACAGGCACUCAGUUGGCGGGUUAUGAGAGGGCGGCGUGUUUUUAGACUUGUAUCUUCCUUUUUGACUCCAAAUCUGGAGAUUGAUGCUAUGAUUCUUUCAGUUUACCCCUGACGUCCAACUGGCUAGCCAGCCAGUGAUGGUGUUGAAAAGCGUCUUGUAGGAUUCUUUGAUUGCAAGCAGUCGACUGUUUCGUGAUUGCUAUGUACCAAGUGUUCAAUUAGCUAGUGUCUAACUGAAAUAUGACUCUAGUAGAGACAUUGAUACUGUCUUGCAUCCUUCUUCUAGGAGUUGUCCACACUUGAAACAAGUUAGUUAACUGGUUAACUAGUUAAUAGCCAAAGACAGCGGCGCCAAUUUGUGAACUCACCACC